AUGUCGUCGAAACCAAUUGACGACCAGGGUCCAACCAUCCUGGCUGUGUGCUGGAUCCUGGUCUUAAUCCCGGCUCUUAUUGUCGCCCUCCGGAUGUACUGCAAGGUGAUGUUGAAUCGAGGAUUCGGGUGGGAUGACAUGGUGAUCUCCCUGGCCCUGGUGUUGCUCCUCGUCUACACAGCGCUCACCACCCGGGGAGUCCAGAUGGGCGUAAUCGGCAAACAUGUUGGCGAUAUUGACGACCCCAGUAAAACGCCUGGAGCGCUCAAGUUGAUAUAUAUUGGGAUGAUUAUAUGCAUCAUCAGCUGUGUGCUCAGUAAGACGUCCUUCGCCAUCACCCUGUUGCGCAUCGUGACGCGCACCUGGCAGAAAGCGGUUCUGUGGUUUAUCAUCGUCUCUAUGAAUGUCAUCAUGUGGCUAUGCGCCAUUUGCUACCUGCUUCAGUGCAAGCCCGCCGCGGCACUCUGGGAUUCCGAGCUCAUGCCAACGGCGGAGUGUUGGCCUACGCAUAUCUUUCAAACGAUCGCUCUCACUGCCGGAGCCUAUUCCGGAUGUAUGGAUUUCAUCUUGGCCUUGCUCCCAUGGUUGGUGAUUUGGAAGCUCCAGAUGCGGCGACGCGAGAAGCUAGGCAUUGCGAUCGCUAUGAGCUUGGGUAUCUUUGCGGCAGCGACGGCCUUCAUCAAGACCACAAAACUAACCAACGUGUCCAAUGUCGCCGAUUACACCUAUGCUUGCUCAGAGAUUCUCAUAUGGGCAUCGGCUGAAACGGGCCUGACCAUCUUCGCGGCCUCAAUUCCUUCCCUCCGCGUGCUGUUUGUCCGGAUGAGUUCCUCUUACAAUCGCAGUGACGAGCCGUCUUCCUAUGCCUACAGUAGCUCCGCAAAGAAAAGUCGCAAUCGCCGGGGUCUGUCCGGAUCUCACCAACGUGAUCCUUACUACUGUGGGGAUACUAUCAUUCUUCCCGACCGACGAGACGAUAAUAGUGCCAAAAGUAUUCUGGGUAGCUCAGGGAUCAAGCAGACGCAAGAGAUCAUUGUGACAUAUGACCAGGGCCCAGAGGAGAACGAACAGGUGGCAGAUAGGAUGGAUAUUCUGCGGUCAGGGUCACCUCGUUAG